CACGUGGAGCUGAGUGGGGCGGGGCCGGGCGCUUCCUCAUUGCCCAGGAAGUGGGCAGGUCGGCCAAGCUAGGGUGGCGUGUCUAUCCGCGGGUCCACCAUGUCGAAGGUUUCCUUUAAGAUCACGCUGACGUCAGAUCCGCGGCUGCCCUACAAAGUACUCAGUGUUCCUGAAAGUACACCUUUCACAGCAGUCUUAAAGUUUGCAGCUGAAGAAUUUAAGGUUCCUGCAGCAACAAGUGCAAUUAUUACCAAUGAUGGAAUAGGAAUAAAUCCCGCACAGACUGCUGGAAACGUUUUUCUAAAGCAUGGUUCAGAACUGCGAAUUAUCCCUAGAGAUCGUGUUGGAAGCUGCUAAUGCCUACUACUGGGAGCGUACAGUUACCUUUCAGAAUAAAAAUUGCCAUUUUUGUUUUGGUUGUGAAGGUGAAAUCAGGCAUGUAACAUACAAUGAAAAUACCAAAAGUCCGUGAAACAAUGAAAGGUGACCCCUUUGUCCCUUGUCGCUCGUACUAUUCUUGUGAAGUCGAAGUGGUUAUGAAUGGACAAAACCACCUCCACAGAAAGUCGUACAGUGGUCGGCUGCUGCCUCAAAACACUUGUAGGGAGUUCAUUUGUGGCAAAUGGGUUAUGCAACUGUAAUUUUUUACAUGGAAGAUAAAAUUCUGAUAAUUUUUUCUGAAUAUAUUUGGAAAACUAAAAUUUCCUAAGCAUUACAUAUUGCUUGAGAUAAAAGUGUAGAAGGAUUGACUAUGGAUCAUAGAUGGCAGUUUGCUUGAUAGCAUCUUAAAGACUCACAUGUAAUUUGAUUCUUAAAUAUACAUUUUACGAUAAGUAUAAUAGACAUGCCAAUAAAUACUUAACGAUCUUUUGCAUUUUAAAUUUUCAAACUUAAUGUGUCAUAUCAAUUUUAAUUUAAUGUCAAAGAACCAAAACUUUUUAAUUUCUUGAUCUAACCAUUAUGUCAUAAACAAAUGUCUGAUACCAAAUAUAUAUUUUUUUCUUCCCAGUACCAGGAAUUGCACUCAGGACCUUGCACUUGCCAGGCAGGCGUGGUGCCAUUGAACCAAAUGGUUUUAACAGUAUUCUUGCAAAAUCCAAUAUUUGUCAUGGUGGGAGUUGACAAUGCAGUAUAAGCAUUUUUUGGCUAAUUUAUACAUUUCUUUAGAAUUAUGUGCUUAUCAAUUUCUUAAUGAAACAUUCUUAUGACAAAAACCCUUAAAAAAUAACUUUGUGAAGAUAUUAUUUCUGAAUAGCAUUCUGAAAGACGAUUGUUAGAGUGAAGAUCUGAAUCUCAUCACAAAGCUUAAAGAAAUACUGAUCAGAAAUGCUGAUGGUUAUGUUUAUUGAAGACCUAACUUCUGAGGAAGUGCUAAUAUUAGUCACCCACAUGGAUAAGAAGCCAGGAAAGGGAAGGUGAAAAAGCUCAAAUGGCCAUGCUGUAGCAAAGAGGAAUGAGUGGCAAGAGCAACAGUAGAAGUAGCAAAAUGUCACAAAAUGUCACAGAAAAUGCUAAGGGGAUGAACAAAACCGUGGGGGAUAUGUUAGAAAAACUGAAAUGAAAGACAAAAUAGCUAGUCUUAGCAACUACAAACUUAAAAGUACCCAUUAUGAGUAUUUAAGAAAUGUCCAAAAUAAAAGAUGAUAUUUGUGCUUACAGAGGAAAUCGGUAUCUGUACAGUUUCAGUUCACAGCGGUGAAUUGAAGUCUCAUAGUGAUUCAGAAUCAGUGCUUGGCCUAUUGUAAAUGGGAAACUUUCUAGAGAAGGGGUUUUAUCUUUCUAGUUCUUUUUAGAGAUGGAAAGGUAGAUGUUCAAUAAAUAGUUCCCAGUUUAUUCAUGAAGUCUCUGUGACCAAUAUUUAUCUUAGCAUGUUUCAUUAUCUUUGCUGUUACAGGGUCCAGUUUUAUUGAGGAAAAAAACUACAAUAAAAUGCAGCAGAACCAGCAUCUGAAGGAUGAUGUCAGUACUUUAAGAUAUUUUUCAAAAAUCUGAGGAAUAGAAUUUUCUGUUAUCACAGGAAAAAGAUUUUGCUAAAAAAUAUACUAUGUUUGCGGUGUUUUUAUUUUUAUAAAAAAAAAUAUGAUGCUUAAAGACCCUUAUUAGGCCUCAGUUGACUAGGUAUUUCUAAUUUCCAAUCCUUGAAUUUUUGUCUUAGUUUAAUUUUUUUUUCCAUUUUUCUAGCACAGAAAUUUGCUUGCUGUUUGCAUAUGUUUAAAGUGCCAUAAAGUGAUUUAAUUCUUUGGUUUUUUAGUUUUGAAAAUUAGACUAUAGUUCUUAAAGUGUUUUGUUAAACAACUAGAAAUUUUAUUUAAAUAGUCUGUAAAUUCUCUGUGCAGAAUGCUUUGAAAUACUAUAUUUAGUAUAAAUGUAUUACUGGCUCAUGGUUAUGAAAUAGAUUUUGUUACACUAUAAACCGUAUUGUCUGCUUUUACUCGUACACUUAAUGAGCACACUUGUUGAUCUACUUUAUUAAAUCAUUUAAAACUAAUACAGUGAUUAAUGGCCAUAAGCCUUAGAAAUGAAUAUAUACUUCCAAAUGUCAAUCAGACAUUAUCAUACAGAAAAGAAAAAGUUCAGAAGAAAGGAUUUUAGUAACUGACUAGACCAGAAGGUCCCCCACCUAGGUGAUUAUCAGUAACUGAGGAAAUUUGAAAUACAGCUUUGGAAACUACCCCUCAGAUUCUAACUCAUUAAGUCUAGAGUAGUAUGUAGAAAUUACUGUAAAAGGCAGCCUUGGUAACAGUUGCUGUGUAGUUACUUGGAAAAUUAAUGAGACCAACUUUUCACUUUAUAGAAGAACAAAAUGAGGUCCAAGGGAUCAGAUUAACUAGAAUACAUUCCAGAAAAGUGGAUAGUUUGUUUCUGCUGCUUAAUUCUGUAGUAGCUUGAGUAAGUUCAAAGAUGUCUCAUUGAUAAUAGAAGCCUUCUUUAAAAUUUCUUAAGUCAAUUUCUUAGGUAUUUUCUUAAGUUACUAAAUGAAAGAAAAAUUAAUAAAAAACUCCUUUCUAUUUCCCAAAUUAGAAUACUAAAGCUACAUAUAUUUUUACCCAAGGACCUUGAUAUAUUAAUUUGAAGCUUUAAUAUACUUUAAUGGAGUGAUUCUAAAUUGGUAUUAAUGUUCCCAAGGCCAUUCAUAAAAACCACAGAAAUAAAUAUGACAUGUAAAUUAUCCAAAAGAAAUCUGUUGAAUAUCUGAGUUAAAUAGUUUAAUGGAUAAUUUUACUUAUUUUAUUAUUUACAACGAUGCUAUAUUAUCUCCCUUUAUAGGAGAAAAGGAAUAAGAUUGAGAUUUGAAUUCAUCUUUUGAUGGAGACUGCACAUCAUACUGAGAACUUUUAACUAUUCAUUUUCUGCAAUAUGUUACAUAUGUAUUGAAUUACAAAUUUAAUUUUUUUUUUUUUUUUUUUU